UUCCACAUUAUACAAUAUAAGUAUAGAAAUGUCCUUUCAACCUUGGAUUGUCAUUUACAAAUACAGUAACUGUUCAGUCGACUACUGACCGACAAUAUUAGUGCAAUCUUCUAAAUUUUUAGUUAAUUACAUCCCCCAAAAACACCAACAAAAUGGCACAUUUCAAUUAUUUAUGUUCAUCAUUACAAGAUGAACUUAAGAAGAUUGCUGAAGCAAUUUGUGCUCCCGGUAAAGGUAUCUUAGCCGCUGAUGAAAGUGUAAGCACAAUGGGUAAACGUUUGAAGGAUAUUGGUGUUGAGAACACAGAAGAAAAUCGCCGAUUAUAUCGUCAAUUACUUUUCACCACCGACAAAGAAGUCUCCAAUUACAUUUCUGGUGUAAUUUUGUUCCACGAAACCGUAUACCAAAAAACCGACAACGGUACAUUGUUUGUUGAUGAAUUAAAAAGUCGUGGAAUUAUUCCCGGUAUCAAAGUCGAUUUGGGUGUUGUACCAUUAAGUGGAACUGAAGAUGAAUGCACAACACAAGGUUUAGAUGAUUUAGCUCAACGUUGCGCUCAAUACAAGAAAGAUGGUUGCCACUUUGCAAAAUGGCGUUGUGUAUUAAAAAUUGGUAAAAAUACUCCAUCCUAUCAAUCCAUGAUGGAAAAUGCUAAUGUUUUAGCACGUUAUGCAUCAAUCUGUCAAGCAAAUCGUAUUGUACCAAUUGUUGAGCCAGAAAUUUUACCUGAUGGUGAUCAUGAUAUUGAACGAUGCCAAAAAGUUACUGAAACAGUACUUUCAUUUGUAUACAAGGCACUUCAAGAUCAUCAUGUUUACUUAGAAGGCACACUUUUAAAACCAAACAUGGUCACACCUGGCCAAAGCGCUGCAGCUCGCGCAACUGCUGAACAAAUUGCAUUGAGCACAGUCACCGCAUUACAUCGAACAGUUCCACCAGCAGUUACUGGUGUUGUGUUCUUAUCUGGAGGUCAAUCUGAAGAAGAAGCAACAGUCAAUUUAAGUGCCAUCAAUAAUGCACCAGUCAAACAUCCAUGGGCCUUAACAUUCAGUUAUGGACGUGCUUUACAAGCAUCCGUUUUACGGGCAUGGAGUGGAAAAGUAGAAAAUGUUAAAAAAGCUCAAGAUGAAUUAAUAAAUCGUGCAAAGGCUAACUCCCUUGCCUCUCUUGGUAAAUACCAAGCUGGUUCCAUUAAGAGUGCUGCUGGCGAACAAGGACUUCACAUAGCCAAUCAUGCCUAUUAAAUGCGCAAAUUAUACAAGAUGACGCCUAUCAAAAUGGUCUUAUCUGAAAUUUUUAGUUGUUGAGUUUAUUUUAUUUUAUUUCUAAAAUUUAAAUUUUAUUUUUGGACACAAUUUGUAACUGAAUUUUGGGAGAUGGUUACAACUUGUGACUCCAAAAUUUUGUUAUCUACAUUUUUUUUGCUAAGAGUACACAAGUAUACAAUGACACUCCACUAGAAUUUUGCCAAUUUUUUAGGAUUUUUGCAAUCUCCCUAAAUGUGACCUUAGCACUUAACGAGACUGUUAUAAAUAAAUAAAAAGGUUCUAUUUUAAAUUUCAUUUUAAAAAGAAAAUGGCUAUUAUAGAUUUUAAAUUUUACUGAAAACAC